AUGGUCAGGUUCUACGGCAACGAGAGACAAUAUCUGCGCGACCAGUGGAAGCUACCGGACAUCCAGCACAUCGUCAACCGCCCCGAGACGAAUGGGAGAAUCCAAGACAUCGCCAACGUGCUCUGUCCUCUUUUCACGAAGAAGUUCAAGUCGCCGUGGCCGGGAGAAUCCCCCACGAGCUUCGCUAAGCGGAAGCGCAACAUGACGAGGGCGAAGAAAUUGGAGGCGAAGGCCCAUCCUGCUGAAACCCAGGAGGAGUUCGAGGAACGCAUGAAGAACCUGCCCAAGAUCAUGUAUACAUGGGUCUCCGACGAGCUGCACACGAAUCCCAAACGGCAGGCUUCAUCGUCGGCUCCUGUGGUGCAAAUCCCCCUCGUUCCGCUGCCCAAGAUUCGCACUCGCAGGCGCAGCGCCCUCGAUAUGUACAUCAAGGAAGCACCUAGAAGGUCGGGCAGCCCGACCUCCGGCCGGUUCGACGUGAACGAGUACCGCGCCAGCUGCAAGGAUACGCUCGAGGACUUCACGCCUGAUCAGCUUGCGACGUACGAGGCGAAGGCGCAAGCCUUCAACGACAAGUUUGUUCGGCCACCGAAUGCCCAAGACGGACCUGCCGAGGCGCCUCCCGCUCUCCCCGCUGAAGCAGUAGCCUACUGGCUGGACCGCACUAUCGAUGCCCUCUACGAGCAGCUUGGCUGGGGCGGGGUGUUUAUCGUCGGAGGGCCAGGGUUGAGCGGUGAACCGGUGCAUUACAUUGCGGAGCGCGGGAAGAACCGCCACGGGCUGACAUUCCUCGAAGCCCUGCGCCAGCUUGGGAGGUGGACGCCGCAGGAAUUCGAGGGGUUGGUGGGUUUAUGGUUGGAGCAGAGUCGUAAGACCACCGCCAGCUCUGAUCUAGCGCCGUUCGUCGGGAAUGCGGAGAGGAUGCUGCAAGGCAUGCGAACUGCGUCGUCUCCACGCGUCACGGGACUUGCGGGUUCGCCAUCUUCGGCGAGUGGCGGGGUCGUACGCCGUGCGAAUGGGAGCCCAAACAAGUCGCUGCACGGAAGCGAACCCAGCACCCCAGCUCGUUCGCGGACGAUUGCGUCACCCCGGGCCACCCCGCGUGGCACUUCGGCGUCCAUUCAAGACAUCCCGUACGGCUCGUUCACAGUCGUCACUCCCGAAGGCGCCCCGCGCACUCCCGCGCGGUCCCCUCCUUCGCCAGAGGCGGUUCCGACCGCUGGAGACGUUGCGUCGCCCGCACCCAAUGUGCGCCGCAAGAAGGGUAAAAAGGCUAAGCGGACGACAGGAGUGCAGAUGCCGGUGCCCGACCCCGACCAGGAGACCUUGAAUGGGCUCGGUCACGGUCCUGAAGGUGAAAAGGAAGGCGUCGGUUGA